AUGGACCCAUAUGGAGCAGGACCCUCUAUACAGACUUUGUUGAUGGGGCAGGAUGAGCAUCGUUCAAGUUUGCUUUGGGAUGCUCAUUUGGAAGGUGAGCUGCUUUAUUUGCAAGAAGUGCCAGGUGUACUGACUUGUCGUCACCGGGAGAAAGGUCUGCUUGAAGGUGGGUUAGAUGGGUUAGAUCCACGAAUUGCCGCUUAUAUCACUGAUGCGGGGUUAGAUGGGCUACUUCGGGUCCCACAUAUGGACCUUGACCACACAUUGAUCAUAGCGUUGGUGGAGAGAUGGCGGCUGGAGACACACUCAUUCCACUUGCCCCACGGUGAGAUGACCAUCACACUACAAGAUAUGGAGGUUAUAAUGGGGGUACCUGUAGAUGGCUUGCCGGUGGUGGUAUAUACAUCCCCGAAAACCAAUUGGCGCGAACUCUGCGGUGGCUGGCUAGGGCAUAGGCCGCUAGAUAGAGAACUUGGUGGUAAUAAGAACACUGCAGUGAUGGAAGGGCCGAGGGUAAAAGCCAAAUGGCUUGAGGAUCGGUUUAGUAACCCUCUCCCGGUUGACGGCCCUGAGGUGCUUGUGCAGAAGUAUGCUCGGUUUUACAUACUGGAGAUGUUAGGUGGCAUCAGAGAAGACAGCCAAGCAGAUCGGCAGUGCACUGCUAUUGGUGCAGUUGUGGGCGUGGGCGAGAUUUCCACACAUAUGUCCUGUGAUGAGACAUCCACACCAGGCACUGCCUCUAGGUCCACUUGCUAUCAGGUUAUGUCUGUGUUGUUUGGUAGAUGGAAAGGGGCUAAGAUAACAACUGAACAUUCAAUGCACGUCCUGUGUGCCUAUUGUGUGUCGCUUACUUCGCUACGGCCAAAUCAGAUUGUCUGGGAGCCGUACACAAAUUAUUUGGCAGGCCAACACAUAUGGAGGUCUAUCGUGCCGCUCAUACAUUUUUGGGUGGUUAAAGGCCAUCAUCCCGAACGUGUUCUCCGACAAUUUGGGAUGAAGCAAGGCAUACCAGUCGAUGUUGAUACUUCAACUGAACUGCACAAGAUAACCCUCCAGGGCAAGCAGCAUCAAAAUUGGGCCCAAGUACAUGCCCUGCAUAUUGGUAAAUGGGCUGCGCAUGCCACAAUUGCCGAUGCACCGCCCUUUCAUGGGGAGAUGAGCUACAAUGAUGAGUAUAUGGUGUGGUUUCGUCCCCGCACUGUUCGCCAUAUUACAAAAGAGAUUUCGUACUGGGACACUUUGGUUGAAUCACAGUUGAGGAUUAUGGCAAAGUGCGAACCAGGGUAUGAGAUCUACACCGACUAUAUUAUUGCCUUGCAAUCUAUUGAAGAGAUCGGUCGGUUAACCUUGGACCAUGCACGCAAUGUGGGCAACACAAGUGAACUAGCUGUAGGGCGUGGUCGGCAAGCAGGUGGACGUCAAGGGCAUGGAGGCUGUCAAUCUAGUCAGCGUCGUACAUCUAGUUGGCCUCUCACAUCUGGUCAGCAUCACACACCCGUGCCCACAUCUAGUUGA